GGAAACUGGUGUAAUGCAAUCAGAAUAGAAUCUGCGUUCAAUCUAGAAACACAGUUUAGUUUUCUGACAAUUUCAGUUAAUUGCUUUUAAUAACUCCUUACACAAUGAAAUUCGCUGUCGCUGCUUUGUUCACUUUGGCCUUGGCUUUGGGUGUCCAAUCCUCGGUGCUUCCUUUGUUCUCACAUGUGGCUGGUGGUGGCCUUUCCUACACCGCUGUGUCAUCUCCUGUGGUCGCCUCGCCCUGGGCUCCAUGGGGUCAUGCUGUUGUAGCUGCUGGUCCCCACCCUGCUGUUGCCGUACACGCCCCCGCUUUGGCUGUCCACGGUUCCAGCGUUGCUGUUCAUGCUGCUGCCGCACCAGUACACCCAGCACCUAGUGUUGCCGUUCAUGCUGCUGCCGCCCCAGUACAUCCUGCCCCCAGUGUUGCCGUUCAUGCUGCUGCCGCACCAGUUGUCCAUGCUCCAGUAGCUGCCGCUGUACAUGCUCCCGUUGUGGUACCCGCCUUCCACGGUUCUUAUGUUGCCAAGACCCGUGGUGCUGUCCACACUGCUCCUUUGGCCGGUCAUCUCAACUCUGUGGCCAAUGUCAAUUUGGCUCCUGCUCCUGGUACCCAUUAGAUUUCCUCUUCGAACAUUGACUGAAGCUAUGCAUUUUUGUAAAUAGAUUUUAGAUUUCAAUGCAGCGUACAUUCCCCCAUACUAGGACGUAUUCCAAUUUUCAUCACCUUUCCAUUAAUUUAUUUGCACUUUUCUACUUCCUUCUACUUCUAUUUCCUUCAUCUUUUCAUUGACUAUCACUUCUUCUUUUUCUAAAUAAAGCAAUUACUGAAAAAAGUAAA